GGAGGUGCAGGCAGAGGAGACAAGGAAGAAGAAGAAGGACGAGGAAGAUCAGUUCCCGCCGGAAAUCUGGGAGCUGCUCAAGGGGGUGACGAAGAAGAGCGAGUACGAGCGCAUCGCCUUCCAGUAUGGCAUCACUGACCUGCGAGGCAUGCUCAAGCGCCUCAAGAAGAUCAAGGUGGAGCCCAAGAAGAGCGAAGCCUUCAUCCGGAAGCUGGACCCUGCCUACCAGGUGGACAAGGGCAACAGGAUCCGACUGGUGGUGGAGCUCAGCGACCCCGACCUGCCCCUCAAGUGGUACAAGAAUGGGCAACUGCUGAAACCCAGCAACAAGUACGUGUUUGAGAACGUGGGGCUGAAGCGCAUCCUGACCAUCCAGAAGUGUUCCCUGGCUGACGACGCAGCCUAUGAGUGUCGCGUCAACGACGAGAAGAGCUUCACCGAGGUCUUCGUCAAGGAGCCCCCCGUGACCAUCGUGAAGGGCCCUGAGGACCAGCAGGUGGUGGUGGGGGAGAAGGUUGUGCUGGAGGCUGAGGUGUCUGAGGAGGGGGCGCAGGUCAUGUGGACAAAGGAUGGAGUGGAGCUGACCCGUGAGGAGGCCUUCAAGUACCGAUUCAAGAAGGAUGGGAAGAAGCACUAUCUCAUCCUCAAUGAGGCCACCAAGGAGGACACAGGACGGUACAAGAUCCUCACCAACGGUGGAGAGGCCGAGGCUGAGGUCAUCGUUGAAGAAAAGCAGCUGGAGGUGCUGCAGGGCAUCGCGGACCUCACGGUGCAGGCGACGGAACAGGCUGUGUUCAAGUGUGAGGUGUCAGACGAGAAGGUCACAGGACGUUGGUUCAAGAACGGGGUGGAGGUCAAGCCCAGCAAGCGCAUCCACAUCACCCACAGCGGCAGGAUCCACAAGCUGGUGAUCGAUGAUGUUCGGCCUGAGGAUGAGGGUGACUACACCUUUGUCCCCGACGGCUACGCCCUCUCCCUCUCGGCCAAGCUCAACUUCCUCG